AGAGACAAGUCGAGAAAUUCGUCAAAGAAAAUGAAGUAAAGUUGAAGUAAAAGGAGGAAAGAUUUUCGAGAAGUUAAUUAUUGUGUUUGAGAAGAGUCUUCCAGAAUGGAUGAUAGUGAAGAUAGUGAUGGAGAGGGAGGAUUAGGAAACGUCAGUCGAGUAGUCAUUCGACCACCUGGCCACAGUGGCAAAGCCAAAAGAGGUCAUUUGUGCUUCGAUGCUGCUUUUGAAACUGGCAAUCUCGGACGAGCCGACCUAGUUGGUGAAUUCGAAUAUGAUCUCUUCCUUAGACCAGAUACCUGCAAUCCUCGCUACAGAUUCUGGUUCAAUUUCACCGUAGACAAUGUUAAACAGGACCAACGGGUAAUUUUCAAUAUCGUCAACAUCAAUAAGAAGAGAAAUCUAUUUAAAGAUGGCAUGACUCCUCUCGUGAAGUCAUCAGGACGCCCAAAAUGGCAGAGAUUGUCCAAAUCACAUGUAUUCUACUACAAAUCUCCAAUGCAUCAAAAUAACUAUGUCUUGAGCUUUACUUUUGCUUUCGAUCGAGAAGACGAAGUCUAUCAAUUUGCCCUAGCUCCUCCGUAUAGCUAUUCGCGUUUGCAAUCUUAUCUUUCGGUGUUGGAGACGAAAUUUCCCGAAAAACGUUUCCAGCGAUCAACUCUGUGUCACAGUCUGCAAAAUCGUAAACUCGAACUACUUACGAUUGAUCAUGUGGAAAAACCAGAGAGGAUAGAUAGUAAGAAUAAAUUACGUGUUAUCUUCAUUUUGGCCAGGACGCAUUCCGGCGAAGCUCCAACGUCAUUUGUUAUUCAAGGCCUUAUAGAGUUCCUAAUUGGUAAUCAUCCGAUUGCUCAAAUUCUCCGAUCUAACUUCAUCUUCAAGAUCCUACCCAUGGUUAAUCCGGAUGGAGUGUUUCUAGGCAAUAACCGUUGCAAUCUUAUUGGGCAGGAUAUGAAUAGAACCUGGCAUGUUGCUACGGAGUUUUCGCAUCCUACACUUUGGGCAACUAAGAACCUAUUUAGGGAAUUUGAUCAAUCUGAUUGCUAUCAAAUAGAUUUUGUGAUUGAUCUCCAUGCUCAUGCAAAUUUACUAGGAUCCUUCAUGUAUGGAAAUACCUAUGAAGAUGUCUACCGAUACGAAAGGCAUCUAGUCUUUCCAAAGAUCCUAUCAACGAACGCUGGAGACUGGAUUUCCGAGAAUAUGAUGUUCAAUGCCGAUGACAAAAAGGCUGGCAGUGUUAGGAGAUAUUGUUGUGAGAAACUUAGCGACAACGUCAAUGCCUAUUCCUUAGAGGUCUCCAUGUGCGGGUUCUUCCUCAAAGGUACUCAAACAAUGACCCAAUAUACCGACGACGGAUAUAUGCGUUUAGGGAGGAACCUAGCAAGGACUUUCCUGGAAUAUUAUCGAUUUAUAAAUGUCCUACCCGUACCUCUUGCAUCGGAAAUCCGAUCGAAACGAGGUCGCCCUAAGACCCACUGUGCUAGGGCUCGAUCUAGAAUCCGCCGAGAGGUUCAGACCCGUCCGAAGACUACAAGAACCUACGCUCCAAUUAGCUACAAAGAUCUUUCGGUUUGCUACGACAGUGAUACUUCUUAUGAAGGAUCCCCUAUUCGGAGCACCUACCAUGGAUACGGAUUUGGCACUAGAUCCACUGGGAAUAUCUACUUGAAUCAAGAUCAAUUUUCCCUUUUGCAUAUUCAAUCUUCCAAAUUCAAUACACUUGAUUUUUCCAAUGAACUCCGUCCUAGAGCUUCAACUAAAUCUCCGCCAAGGAUACGCACAGCCUUCAAUAGGAACGACGAUAACGUAACGCUACCUCCUAAGCCUUAUCUUACGAUAAUCGAUUUUAAUCAAUUAACUAGGGGCGGUUUGGAACAAGCUGCUAAAACCAAAGCUGCAUCAUUCGAUUUGCCUAAAUAUCGAUCGUCUAGUAAGGGAAGACUACCUUCAAAACUCUAAAUAAACUUUUUUUUU